AUGCUUAAAAAACUAAAGUUAGAAAUUAAAGAUGUUUCCGAAAAAUUUCGGUCUAAUAGAAAGUAUACAAGUCUUGAAAGAGUGAAGGAAGUCGAGAAAAUUGUACUAAAUGAAAUAAACAAUAAACCUUUAGAUUAAAAAGAAUUACUAUUAUAACUAGCUUUAGAAAUUGGUCAUCCUUUAAAAGUUAGAUCAUAGGAGUUAAAAAUAUAAUUAGAGAAUUUAUUAUAAAUAGUGUUAAUUGAGUUGAUAAAUUGUCUUGAAAGUCUGAAUAAGGAUGCGAGCAAAUAUUAUUAAUGUUUAGAGGCUAUUAACGAUAAAUUAUACACUGUAAUAGCCUACAAACUCAGAUAAUUAGUGCAAUAUGAAAUAUUUAAAUUUAGAAUUCCUAGAUUUAGCUAUUCAUAAAGAUUACAUUAAAAAAUGAUUAAUUAAUUGUUAGCUAUUGAAAUUGAUCAUACAUUUUUAUAAGAAAAGAGAGAUGCUUAAUACGUUGAAUAAAUACGUAAGCAAUACUCGGAUUAAAAGAAAAUAAGAACACUUUCAUAUGGUUUGAUAUUUGUCUAUUUGGGAAUAUUAUUUAGGUAGAAAAAGCGGAUUUAAUCCUUCAAUAAAUAUUAUAGAUUCGCCUUAUUUGGUUUUGUAAGUGCUGCGUUAUUCUAUCAUCUAUAAUGA